GCAACAAUAGUGAUCUUAUAAGGGGAACAUACACUGAAUAUCACUGACUCUUCCAGCACAAUCAGCUCUCACACUCAUCUCAGGCUGCAUCCUGUAGCCACACCCCCCUGCCAAUCACAGCCUACAGAGGCGUCUACUACAGACUGCCUAGCAACCAACUCCUGACUGUAAACAAUGCAGUGAUUGCAAAUGGCCAUCCUUCUAAACAGCCAUGGAGCCGAUCCCGAAACCCACACCGGGACACUGGUACUGGAAAGAAGACACCAAGACCCUUGAAUUUUCAAGAGCAUCAAAUACAUCAUUACAGAGGAUUCCGGAAUGCACAGAACUUGAUAAAGUCACCAAGUCCCCCCGGCUUGGAAGGAUUCCAGACAACAGAUGUGUGACAUUGGAUGACGCCAAGGGAGUGGCUCUGAACAUGCUGGAGGAGCAAGAAAGAAAUUGCAUAGCUUCAUUCUCUUUGGGAGCAAGAAACCACCUUCUGAAUGAUUUCCUCAUGGCCCUGCUGAACUACUUGUCCUGCUUUUUGGAAAAACAUUCUGACAAAAACCCCAAAUCUUUGAUGCCGAGGAUGAUUAUCCUAGAGAAGGACGAGGCUGACCUGAAAAUGAGGACAGAGAUUGCCCUAAAGCACUUUGCACACAUGUAUUGUAUCCUUGUUCUUGGAGAGGGAGUCAGUGAUCAGCAUCAGCUAGGCUGUGGAAGUAGCAGAGCAUCAUUCAGCAAGCAGGAGUGGAUAUUUUAUGAGAGUCUGUACAAUUACACAAUCAAGGUUGCUUGGGUAGUAUUCCGUCGCAGAGAGCUGAAUUUAAUACAGGAAGAGGUUGGCAGGCUUCUGCGUUCCAACACAUUUAAUCCUGCCCUGAGGAAGCAAGAUGCCCCAUCGGAGCCAAGCAAAAACCUGUCUGGGAGGAGGACAUCCAAAAAAAGAGCUGUGUAUGCAGAAAAGGGGAAGAUUCUAGCCAAGCGGCCUGCUAUUCAUGACAUAGUCACACAGCGUUCUCCAGCUCUCACCUCCCUGAUCCCAUCUCCCAAAGAGAAAGCUCAGUAUUUAUUCCAGCAACACGAGCUUCACCCAAAGGGCAGUGCUGGCACCAUCGAUGUGAACACCUGGCUGGAAUCCUCCAGCGCGAUCAGCACACUACGGAUCGGGAUACUGGGGGAACCUCUGAAACAGUUUAACCGUCACAGUCUACUGCCGAUCGGUGACGAAGACGAUGAAGAGCAGGAGAUGCAGGAGAAGAAAAACAUGGCGUCUUCUCAUUCUGGUCCUCACUCUCCAACCCGCCCUGCCACUGGACGUCACAGCCUGGUUUCUAGAGCUACGACUGAGGCCGUCUACUCUGACACCGAAUAACAACUGUCAUAGUGACCCAUGUAUUCAUCAUUUAAAGACCAGUGAUUACAUAAGCGAUGUUUACUGGACUGGUGGGUUAACCUAGUGUUGGCAUAUUAGCUAACUAAAAAAAUAAAAAAUUACAA